CAAAUAAGGCACCUGGCAAGGGGUCUUUAAGCUUUGUUUUUGGCAGAAAGUGCCCUAACAACCUAAAUUUUCCAAGUUGUAAAACCUUUUAAUUUUAAGUUCUGCCAUGUCCAAGUCAAAGGUCAAAGAAAGUAUUUCCCACCUUCCCUUUAUAUUUGGCCAUUUAGUUAGUACUCAAUGAAUACUUUACAAGUUUACUUCCCCCUUCUUCUUCUCUUCUUCUUCUUCUUCUUCUUCUUCUGACAUAGAGCACGGCCUUCACAGCAAAAUUUCAUCUUCUUCUUAUGAUCAGCAGCCAGUAGCUCCUCAAAACCAGCAGAAAGCCAGUUUCUGUACCAGACUCUCUCCUUCAUGGGCUCCUGCAUGAGCACAGGCAACAGCCAUGAAGUUUCAAAGAAGCUCGCCUCAAAGCAGAACUCUCUCAGAAAGGUAUCUUCUACAAGGAUGAACGGAUCAGAAGUCUCACUCUCUCCAGAAGACCUCUCCAUCUCUCUUGCAGGCUCCAACCUCUACAUCUUCACCUUCGCAGAGCUUCAAAUGGUGACGGGGGGAUUCUCCACCUGCAACUUUCUUGGAGAAGGAGGCUUCGGGCCUGUAUACAAGGGGGUCAUUGAUGAGAGAGUGAGGCCAGGCAUGGAGUCCCAGUCCGUUGCAGUUAAGCUCCUGGAUCUCGAAGGUCUGCAGGGACACAAGGAAUGGCUGGCUGAAGUGAUAUUUUUAGGAAAACUGAGGCAUCCCCAUCUUGUGAGAUUGAUAGGUUAUUGCUAUGAGGAUCAGCAUAGGCUGCUUGUCUAUGAAUAUAUGAUAAAAGGAAGCUUGGAGAAUCACCUGUUCAAAAGAUUCUUCAUAUCCUUAGCAUGGUCAACAAGGCUGAAGAUUGCAGUGGGAGCAGCGAAGGGACUGGCCUUCCUCCAUGAGGCAGAGAAGCCAGUGAUAUACAGAGAUUUUAAGGCUUCUAACAUCUUGUUAGAUUCGGACUACACUGCAAAGCUUUCAGAUUUCGGACUCGCGAAGGACGGCCCUGAAGGAGACAACAGCCAUGUCACAACAAGAGUCAUGGGAACACAGGGAUACACUGCACCAGAAUACAUAAUGACAGGCCAUCUCACAGCGAAAAGUGAUGUGUACAGCUUCGGUGUUGUAUUGCUAGAGCUACUUACAGGGAGAAGAUCAGUAGAUAAAACGAGGCCAAGCAGAGAGCAAAACCUUGUAGAAUGGGCGCGGCCUUACCUGAACGAUGCCAGGAAACUAUCGAGGAUAAUGGACAGCAGUCUGGAUGGCAUGUACUCCACCAAGGCUGCACAGAGAGCAGCAACAGUGGCGUACCAGUGCUUGAGUCAGAGAUCCAAGUCCAGGCCUCCGAUGUCCGCCGUUGUAGAUGCACUGGAGCCUCUCUUGGACUUGAAUGAUGAAAUGAUAGGCUCCUUUGUGUUCACAGUGGUGCCUGAUAAUGGCGGAAAUGAGGAAAAGAAGAAAGAUUGCAAUGAGGAUGGAAACCACAGUGGGGGAGAAAGGCGGAAGAUGUGGUCUGCGAAAGCGGCAAUCCACUCCAAUAAUUUGAUGUACAGAAACUCAUCAAGACACCAGCAUAGGAAUGGGGGAAGAGGAUUGGAUCAGGACGUGCAGUGCAAAUAGAUCCUUCAAAACUGUCUUUUUUUUCUUUCUUUAUUUUGGGAAAAAAUGGAAAAAAAGUGUGAAAAUGGGGAAUACAAGUUUUCAAAUAGAUUAGACAUGCAAUAAGAGCAGUUUAUUUCA